AUGGGCAAAGGGGACCGGAACUUCUCCGGCAGCACGCCCCCGGCCCCAGGCGGCUUCUCCUUUGGCGCCAAGUAUGUCAGCACGGUGCAGGCGGCGGUGGGCAGCGCUGGGUGCAGCGGCGGCAGCGGCGGCGGCGCAGGUGCCAGCGACGCCGCUGUCCGUGGCGCCGCCAUAAUUCCGGCCGACCUGGAUGGCGAGCUGGCGCAGCAGCUGCAGAAGCUGUCCAAGCGGGAUGCCACCACCAAGCUCAAGGCGUUGCAGGCGCUCAAGGCGCUCGUCAAGGAGAAGCCGGCGGUGGAUGUGCAGGCUGCGCUGCCAAGCUGGGCCUACCUGUUCAGCCGUCUGGUGCUGGACAACAACCGUGGCGUGCGGGCCGAGGCGUGCCACGUCACCGCCGCCAUGGCGGCCGCCGUCGGCCGCGGCAUCGCCCCGCUCCUCAAGUCGCUGCUACCCUCGUGGUGGCUGGCCCAGCACGACGGCUACACAGAGGCGGCAGCCGCCGCCAGGGCAGCCUUUGCGGCCGCCUUCCCGACGGCCGCCAAGCAGCGGGAUGCCGUGCUGUACUGCCGUGCAGAGGUGCGGACGGGCUGGGUGAUUGAGCUGCUGGCUGGCGGCGACCCCGCCGACCUGCUGGUGCUGCAGCUUCUGGGCGACAACCUGGCCAGCACGCCGCAGUCGCUGGGGGACGCCAAGAAGGAGAGCGUGGAGGAGCUUCAGGACCGGCAGGAGCGGGUGCUGGCUGCCUCCUGCUCGGCCCUGGCUGCGCUGCUCGACCUGGCAGCACCCCCCGCCAGCGCGGCGGAGCAGGCGGCGGCGCCGGCGGCUGCGGAGCAAGAGCUGCUUGAUGGCAUCAGGGCGGAGCUGGACCUGCCCGCUUUCUACAAGACGGCGCUGCAGAGCAAGGCGGCGCCUGUGCGACGGGCAGCCUAUGGGCUGGUCGCAGCCGCGGCGGAGCGGGCGCCGGCGCGGCUGCUGGCGGGCGGCGCGGCCCACACCGCGCCCGCUGUGCUGGGUGCGCUGGCAGACAAGGAGGCAGGCAACCACGAGGCGAUGUGGGGCAUGCUGCUGGCCUACGCCCGCGCCCUGCCAGACAGCUGGCGCCACAUCAGCAUGCAGGCAAGGCCGGCACUGCUGCUCCUCAAGUCCUUCCUGCCGCGCCUCUGGGCCUUCCUGCGCCACUCCUGCUACGGCUCAGCCACCGGCUCCUACCCCGCGCUGCUGCCGCUGGUCUCUCUGCUGCCACAGGAGGCGCUGGGACCCCGCCCCACAUUCUUCGUCUCCCUGCUGGAAAGCAUCUGGCAGGGCCUGGCAUCGCUGGCUGCGGGGGCCCUGGGCGGCAGGCUGGCGCGGCAGGCUGCGGCGGCCGCCUACCAAGACUGCCUGCUGUAUGCUCUGCUGAAGGCAGACUCCCUUGCGGCAGUCGGUGGGGAUGGCAGUACCGCGGGCUCCACCUCGCCGGGGCAGCAGUACAGUUCAGAGGUACUGCAGGCUGCGCUGAGCCAGGCGCUGAUGCCGGCGGUGACCGCGGCCAGCGCGGGUGCAGCGGCAGUGGCGCCCGAGGCCGAGGCUGUGCUGACAGGCGCGGUUGCCAGGCUGGGCCAGCCAGCCGCCAGCGCCAGCAGCGGGCAGCGGCUGGAGGCGCUGCUGCAGCUGGUAGGCUCCAGCCUGGCGAGCGCGCUGCAAGACUCGCUGAGCGGCGGUGGCGGAAGCGAGCCAUUCGAUCGAUGCGCAGCGCUGGUGGCUGCCCUGGAGAAGGCAGCUGGCAUGUCUGCCGGCGCAGUCGUGGGCGCCGCAGUGGCACAGCCGCUUGUGGCGCUCCUGCUGCCAGAGGUGCGCAGUGGCACGGCCCCGCCGGCAGCGUCCUCCCUGCUCGCCGCCCUUCUCAAGUCGUUCCCGCAGCAUGCGGCUGCCGAGGCAGCCGGCACACCGCCGGCCAGCGAGGGUGCUGCAUGCGGGCCAGGAGAGUCAGGCGAGGGCCAGCCGCCCCCCUCUAGCUCGGCGGCAGGCGUGAGCGACGAGGUCGCCUCCCUGCGCCUGCACCAGAGCGCCAGCUUCACGAUUGAGAGCGUGCUGCGGCGCCUGUGUGACGAGCAGCAGCCCGAGGCCGCGGCCGCAAGCUGCGACCUGCUGCUUUCGUGCCUGCCCCAGGUGCACCACCCGCUCCGCAAGCUGGCUGAUGUGCUGCUGCAGCUGCUGGAGCGGCAGCAGGCGUCCACCGCCGCGCUGCUUCUGGAGCACCUUGUGUCAGGCCAGCACCCCGAGCUGGCUGUGGCAGCCUGCCGCUCAGCAGAGCUGGACCGGGUGUCAGCGAUGCUGGCAGGCAGCGGCGGCCCGUCUUUAGCAAUCCAGGAGGCGGCAGUGCCGCGGCUGCUGGCGCUGCUGCUGGCGGGAGACGGCCGCAGCAGCCUGCUGUCGGAAGCGGCACAGGCUGCCUUGCUUGAGCAUUUGGUGCAGGUGCUACAGACAGCACAGGCAGAGCUGGAGCAGGCAGGCGGGGAAGCAGCAGAUGUUGCCGCCGCAGCAGCAGCCGCGGCAGUGCUGCAGGCGUUGCAGGCAGCCCUGCUGUCGCCGGCGCUGGAUGCCAGAUGCAGCAGCCAGGUGCUCGGCCUGCGGCUGCAGCUUCUGGCAACAGCCUUCCGCCUGCUGCUGCACGAUGCUGCAACCGAGGCAGAGGCAGCGGCUGCAGAGGGUGGCAGCCAGUAUGGCGCGGCCAGCUUUGUGGAUGAGAGCGAUGCUGAGUCAGUAGAGCUUCCACAGCAGCCUGGGGCCGCCGCGGUGGCCGCCCAGCAGCUGUGGCAGCAGCCGGAAGCCAUUGCCGGCGUGCUGGGCUCUGCAGCUGCAGAGCAGCGGGGCGCCUUUGUUACGUCUGUACAGCAUGCAGUGGAGAGCGUGCUCCUGUGGCAUGGCUCGCCGGCAGCAGCAUUAGCAGCAGCAGAGGCGGCCGGGCCGCUGCUUGCGGUGCUUGGCAGCAGCAGCGAGCUGCAGCAGCAGUUGCUGCAAGCCUUGGUGGGGCAACCGCAGCAACAAGAGGAUGCCGCAAGCAGCAGCAGCAGUAGCAAGGCGCACGCGUACAGCGAGGCCGAAGCCCUCUUCUUAGCGGCUGUAGGAGCAGCAGCAGGCUUUGAUUCGCUGCUGCCGCCUAGCAACCCAGGAUCAGCAGCGCACGCAGCUGUUAGCAUUUUGGCGGCACUGCAGGCAGACCCUGCGGCGGCACGCCAGCAGCAGGAGCAACUCCUAGACUACGUGGCAGGAGCCGUGGCAGGCACGCUGCUGCAGCGGACUCUGCAGGUAGCAGCAGCGACAGCCAGCUCCCCAGGUCAUGCGGCUGUGCUGUGUGCCCUGCUGCGGGCAGCAACGGGCGGCGGCAGCACCAGCCUGGCAGCCGCGGCAAGAUUCUUUGCCAGUGCGGCAGGCGAAGGCGCACAGCUGCCGAUGUCGCCGGCGCUGCUUCGCCAGUUGCUGCCCGUUGUGGCACCUGUCUUCCGUUGCAGCACCCUGCUACUGCAGCAGUCUGCCCUGCCCACACUGUCGCAGCAGCUGUGCCGGCUGAGCAACGCAGCAGAUCCUGUGGCAUUGUUGGAAGACGGUAGCGAGCAGCAGGCAGCUGCAGUAGACCUGCUGCUCUCUGCUGUGGCAUGCUUCCCCUGCACGACUGGCGCCGAGGCAGCGGCGCAGCUGCCAGCUCCAGGCGCCGCAACAGCAGCUGGCCAGGAGACUUCUAGCGCCAGCAGCACCAGCACCACCUCAUCCUAUGCCAAGGGCGACAAAGUGUGGUACCGCCAGCAGGACGGCGGCUGGCUGGAAGCUGAGGUGACUGCUGUUGACACGAGUGUCCAGCCGCCUUCUUACGGCGUGAAGUUCGAUGGAGCGGCGUACCGCGAGACAGAGGCCAGCCGGUUGCGGCCUCGCCAGCCCGGCGCAGCGCCCCCACCGUCAGCGGUGCCAGCAGCAGCAGCGGCGGAGAGGCAGGCAGCGGGGGCCUCGGCCCUGCCACCUGCGGGCUCUUGCACGGCCGAGGAGCAGGCAGCCCUGGUGCAGCUGCUGCAGCACCAAGCCAGGGGUGCCAAGGGUGCGGCUGCGGCUGCCCGCUUGGAGGCGGCUGCCGGGGCGGCCAGGGCUAGCGCCGAGCCAACUCCGCCUGCAGUGGCAGCCGCGGUGGCUGCGCUGCUGCACGCCGCAGUGGCGUAUGCCAGCCAGCAGCUCAGCCAGCAGCAGUGGGGGCUCCUGCUGGAGCAGCUGCGCGCGGCGUUUGGGCAGUGUGCCGCCGCGCUGUCGGCGGCGGCGGGCCAGGUGGCGGCCACGGUGUGUGCUGCUGCAGCGGAGAUUGCGGUGGGCGCCGACAUGCAGAGCCCGGCGGUGGCGCUGCAGUUCUUCCGCCGGCUCAAGCUGAGGGGUGUGCUGGAGCGCUCAGCCAAGGCCCAAGCAGAGGCUGCACGCGUGACGGCCAGCCUGGAGGCCCAGCUGGUUGCCCUAGAUGAGCUGCUGCUCCCUCUGCUGAUGCCCACGCUGCAAGCCUACACGCGCGCGGCCGCUGUGGCGGGCACCUGCCGCAGCCUGUCCGAGCGGGACUGGCAGGCGGCGGAGGCCGCCGUGUGCAGCGAUGCUCUGCAGCUGUUUGUCACCGCUGGAUCCAUCGCUGCAGCGGCCGGCGUCAGCGGCGCGGCAGCCGCAGACGAGCUGGCCGGGUGGAUGUGCGGGCGGCGGGGCGAGGAGGGCGCCGCGACGGCGGCGCAGUCGGCGGCCGCCUGGCAGCUGCUGAGUCAGCACGUGGCGAGUACGCUGCGCGCCGCCGACCGUGCUUUCUUACUGGCAGCUGUUGACCGGGCGAACGGCGGCAUGGACUCGACUGGCGUCGAUGCGCUGGGGUCUCUGCUGGCGCUCAGCCUGUCGGGCAUCCCGCCACCCAGCAUGGCAGCCGCCGCCUUCUCUGCCAUCCUGCAACACACCGAGCUGACUGCAUCGCUGACAGCAGCUGAGGGGGUGGACGAGGAUCAGCUUAUGGAGGAGCAGCGGCAGCAGGGCGCGGCGGCUGCGGGUGGGAGCGGCGACGGCGCAGACGCCGCAGCCUUGCUGGAGCAAGUGGGCGUUCGGCCGGAGCUGGCCGCGGCGGUGGCCGGCGGCGGCGCGGGCGCCGGCUUCUUCACUGGCUGGGCGCUGCUGCUGGCGCAUGUGCUGGCUGCGCCUGCGGAAUCACACGGCCGGCGGCUGCUGGUUCAAGCCGUCAAGGAUGCACAUGCGCUGGUGCCUGCCCUGCUGGACGCUCUCGUGCCGCUGCUUCCGCUGGAUGCGGCAAGUAGCAGCAGGCGGGAGAGCUCCGGUGGCACGCCAGGGGCACGCCGCGCUGUCGCCGCACCGACGACCAGCGGCACUGCGACGCCCAGCAGCAGCAGCGGCAGCGAUGGCGGCGGCGGCGGCUUUGCGGCGCAGCUUCUGGCUGUGGGCCCUUACCCUGUCGAUGGCGGUGCCGGCAGCAGCGACGGCGCUGGCCGCCUGGAUGCGGAGCCCUCUGGCGCAGCAGGCGAGCAGCAGCAGCGGCGGCAGCGCUUUGCGGUGCUGCUGUACUCGGCGGUGCUGCAGGCGCUGCCCGCGUCGGCGCGCCUGUGGUUUGCCGACCUGCGGGACCGCGGUACGGCCGGCGCCGUGGAGCGGUACACCUCCGCCGCCGUCAGCGGCGAGCUGCUGUCUGCUGAGUUUGCGGCUGUCACCCAGGCCGCCUCCGCCUUUGGAAAGUUUGACAAGUUCUCGGUACGGGCCAACUCCACCAGCCGGGAGGUCAUCGCCGUGAUGGAGGUGGAGGAUGGGCACCUGCUGGAGCUGGCCGUCAAGCUGCCUGCCAGCAUGCCGUUGCGCCUGCCCGAGCUGGAAUGCCGCCGCAAGGUGGGCGUGUCCGAGGGGCGGCUGCGCAAGUGGCUGCUCAGCAUCAGCGCCUUCCUCCGCAUGCAGAAUGGCAGCGUGGCUGAGGCCAUCAGCCUCUGGAAGCGCAACGUAGACAAGGAGUUUGAGGGCCAGGAGGAGUGCCUCAUCUGCUACAGCAUCGUCCAGCACACCAGCGGCCAGCUGCCGCGCCUGAGUUGUCGGACCUGCCGCAAGCGCUUCCACGGCGGCUGCCUGUACAAGUGGUUCAAAAGCAGCGGCAAGUCGACAUGCCCCCACUGCCAGAGCCCAUGGUAG